GAAAGCCCCCUUGCUCUUUCUGCCGCCGCCCGCCCGGGAGAAAAGAGGCGGGGGUACUGAAGUGGAGACGCAGCCGGCGGCCCUCCUUACACAGCGGCUCUAGCCGACGCGGGAGCUCUUUGCUGCUGCCGACCGUGCCGCGCCGGGCGCUUCCAACACCCGCCGCCAUGGACGCGAGGAGAGUGGCCAGCAUUUCUGCCCAGCUGGAGGAAGCCGGCUCCGCAGGCGACAGCGUAGAAGAUGAAAUUGAAAUGGCAACUGUGCGGCAUCGACCUGAAGCCCUUGAACUGCUGGAAGCACAGAGCAAAUUCACAAAGAAGGAGCUUCAAAUUCUAUACAGAGGGUUCAAAAAUGAAUGUCCCAGUGGGAUUGUUAAUGAAGAGAACUUCAAAGAGAUUUACUCUCAGUUCUUCCCACAGGGAGAUUCGACAACAUAUGCACAUUUUCUGUUCAAUGCAUUUGACACAGAUCACAACGGAUGUGUGAGUUUUGAGGAUUUUAUUAUGGGCCUUUCAAUUUUACUCCGUGGGACGGUGCAAGAAAAACUCAACUGGGCUUUUAAUCUGUAUGAUAUAAACAAGGAUGGCUAUAUAACUAAAGACGAAAUGCUGGAUAUUAUGAAAGCCAUAUAUGAUAUGAUGGGGAAAUGCACUUACCCAGUUCUCAAAGAGGAUGCCCCAAGGCAACAUGUGGAAACAUUUUUCCAGAAAAUGGACAAGAAUAAGGAUGGUGUAGUUACCAUGGAUGAAUUCAUUGAAAGCUGCCAAAAAGAUGAAAACAUAAUGCGUUCCAUGCAGCUCUUUGAAAAUGUGAUUUAACCCCAUGCAGUUCUUUCAUCAACUAAUGGACAAUUUAAACAAUUCUGCAACAACAAAUCCAUAAAGCUGUUGUCACUUUUACCCUAAAACAGGAUUGCUCAGCUUUACACAGAUGUGUAUAACGCAAACAAGUUUCAUUUACUUAAAGCCUUCCUACCGAGAUGGUAUUUUUCCAGUAGUUGAGGUAAAAUAGUUCUCUCAAACAAUGCUCUUGUAGUUGUUCUUAAAAUCCUUAUUUAAUUCAGAGAACAAUCCAAAGAAACCAAUAGUAUGAAAACUGAAUUAUUGGCAUCCAAACCUUCAUAGAAGAGAUCCAGGAGAGAUGAAAAGGGCAAGUUCUGUUACUUGUUUCUAUCAGAUGAGAUUAUGAAAUCUAAAAGUACUUCAUUUUAUACUCCCUUGUGUAUUAACACCAUCAUACACAAUUCUCAAUUAAAGGUUAUUACAGCUCAGUGCAGUUUGGGCACAGUCCUUCCAUGGGUGGAAUCUCUACAGGGCUUUGCCGAGUCUUGUUUCUCCUCUCAUCCCAUAUGCAGGCAUCAAACCAGAUCAUUACUGGAAAUGGGAAACACAUACAUUAAGCCUGCCCACCCUGACUUGACUGAACAGUGGGGCUGAGCAAGGAUAACAGAGCCACACACAGGUCCUCUGUUCCCCAUAAUGGUCUGACACACUGGGUACUUGUCAAAUGUGUGUGCACAUGCACACCAUAUUAUGUCUUAUAGAGAACCUGCCCAUGAAGGGAAAGAUUGUGCAUCUUGAACCUACAACUAGUUUUUUUCCAUUCAUGAUCUACUCAUUUUAUAAAAGUAAGUUCUUUUUAUAGUAAAAAGUUAAUGAAGCAAUUGAUUUAAUAGUUGCCUAUGGCAAAUAUCUUCUAUCCUCAAAACUACCAGUUUACUGAAAAUUCAGACAGAAUUUUACAUAAACUGUUAUGCCCCCACAUAAAGGACAUAAAUGAGGUUACUAUGAGGACUUCUUUAUUUAAAUAAAGCAAGUGCCACAAUGAACUGAAAUAUUACUUUCUAAGUAUAAGUCUGGCCAAAAAAAUAGUAGGAAAAAAGGAGAGAAUGCCCUUGUUACUUUCUAGCACUCCAGGAUACCUAGCAGUAUGUUUUCAUGCUGAAUGCUAGACAGUCUAGCACCAGCUUUCUCAACAAUUAUUUUUUCCCUGUUGCAUACUCAAAGUAUGAGGGUGGGGGAGCAGGAUAAAGCUUAUUAGAACAGUUUUUAAAAACAAUGAUAAUAGUGGAUUUUUGAAGAAGCGAUGCAACCGCUUUUUUCCUUUUUUUAAUGGCCAUGAUCCACUGCCUUUGUGCAUGAAGGCCAGAGAGGAACAGCUCUGCUUACAAAAGGAUGGGAAGUGGGGAUUAAGGGACCUGACAGUCAUGUGUGGCUUAGCCAACAUGCAGGCCACACUUUAGCAGCAAGAACAAUUUUGACCCCCAGCCAUAAGCCUUUGGAUAUGAACAGGAUGGAGCAGCAACAGGCAUAAGCUGGCCCACUUGCUACUUUCCUCCUUAUCUUCCAAACACAGAUAACUGAUGGACUGUAGCCAACAAAGACUCUGUUUCCCAAACGUAGUCAAAUUAUUCUUAAAUGUCUGUUACUGGUACAAGACAUAGGCCAACCUUAAUUGUGACAUUUCUGCACAAAGGAUCUGAAGAGCUUACAGGAGUACCAAGAAUGCUGCAAACUCUUGCAAAAAUAAAGCAGGCAUCUAUUCUGGUGUAGAGAUGGAAAAGAGAGGCAUGUUGAAGGCUGCUCUGCUAUCACCAGUGUAGGAAUCUGAGUAGUACAAUACAUGUACACCUGAGAUUUGCUGUAGUAUGUUUGUGAAAAUUAAAUGUGCACUUUUAUAAUAAAAUGAAAAGUACAGGAUGUCUUGUCUGUUUUUCAAAAGGCCUUAUGUGGAAUCAAC